UGACCUGGGCUGUCUGAGCUGGAGAUUGGCGCCAAGCGUGGGCUCCUGGGGGCCACUGGCGGGACAGCAGCAAGGCUCAGCCUGAACCCCCGGCCAUGGAUAUUCGUAAAUUUUUUGGGGUUACCCCAGUUCCAAAAAAACCUAGCUCUGGAAGUACUGAUAAAGAGAAAGCAAAGAGUGUUGCUGCGCAAAAGAAAUCAAAGGAUAAUAAAGUAAAGAGUCCAAAUGAUGACUUAAAAGGGAAGAAUGUCGGCAAGAAAAGGAGAGUGAUAUUUGACUCUGAUUCUGAAGAAGACACACCGCCAGUUCAGAAACCCAAAAAGUCACGUGAGAAGUCACCAUCACCUGUACAGGCCAAAAAAAUCAUUAAACCGGACCCGGUCUGCUAUGUUUCUGAAAGUGAUGAAGAAGAUUUCAUUCGGAAGAAGCCGCUACCAAAACCCAAGGAAAAUGGAACAGCAUCAAACUCCCACCACGGAAAGCUGCAACCAUCUAAAGCACAAACACCCCCUAAACCGGCAUCUCAGGAAAAGCUGGUCAAAACGUCAGUGGAAGAUUACUUUGGCAUUGGCAGCAUUAAACGAUCAGACAAGAAGCUAGUAGCAAGCAAACGAAAAGAACCAUGUGGGAGCACAGAUGACUCAACACUGGACGAUGAAGCAAUUGCUAAAGAGUUGCAGCUUGAGGAAGAUGCAUAUCUGGAAAAACAGCUCCAUGAGGAUGAGGAAUUUGCUCGAACUCUCUCAAUGUUGGAUAAAGCACCGAGGAGCAAGGUCCAAAAGACAAGUAGUGAUAAGCAAAAGUCUCCAGUGAGCAAAUCUAGCCCAACAAAGAGAAGUGCGUCUGCAGUGCAGCCCUCAGUUCGAACGGCGAGCGUUUCUGAAGACUCGCAUUUUAAAGGAAUAAAACCUAAGAAUGCAGCGCCUUCGCGCCUACAUUCCGAAUCAUCGUUUGUACCUAUUGGGAAGACUUCCUCCAAUGAGAGAUCUCCUGUGAAGGCCAGUUCCAAGCUGGCAAUGAUGAAACAAAGAGAUGAUGGCCAUGAAAAAGAUAAAGAGCUAUCUACACCUACGAGGAUAGAAAAGACUAUUUCACCAAAGAAAGAGCAGACACCUACAAAAAUAUCUCAAAAGUCAGAGUCAAGUCCUGAGGACUCCGAGAAGAAACAAGGCAAUUACAAAGCCUACCGGAAUUUUCUUAACAGAGAAGGUCCAAAAGCAUUGGGAUCUAAGGAAAUUCCAGAGGGUGCUGAUAACUGUAUGGAGGGUAUGACUUUUGUUAUCACUGGAGUCCUGGAGUCUAUAGAACGAGAUGAGACCAAAUCAUUAAUAGAACGGUAUGGAGGAAAGGUAACUGGAAAUGUCAGCAAGAAGACCAACUAUCUUGUUUUGGGUCGUGAUGGAGGCGAAUCUAAACGAGAGAAGGCAGAGAGUUUUGGGACGAAGAUUCUCGAUGAAGAUGGACUCUUUAGUUUAAUUCGAACUUUACCUGGAAAGAAAUCAAAAUAUGUUUUAAAGGCAGAAGCAGAGGCAAAGCAAAUGCAAACACCUGAGCGAACAGAUAAAGGCAUGAAGAAACCAAGUCCAAGCACCAAAAAAUCGACUCCAGGAAAGAAGUUGUCACCACUCAAGAGAGAAACAAACGACUCAAAGAAGAACUUAACUUUGAAAGAUGAACGUAAAUCUCCGGCAAAGAAACUGGAUUUAAACACGAGCAAGUGUGAGAGCUUGCUCUGGGUGGAUAAAUACAAGCCUGUGUCCAUUAAAGCAAUCAUUGGACAGCAAGGAGACAUGAGCUGUGCCAACAAACUCCUCAAAUGGCUGAAAUCAUGGCAUCAGCACCAUUCUGGCGAGGAAAAGAAACCUGCUGCUAAAUUUAACAAAUUUGGAGGUAAAGAUGAUGGAUCCUCUUUUAAAGCAGCCUUGCUGUCUGGUCCACCAGGUGUAGGCAAAACGACUACAGCCGUCCUUGUCUGUGAGGAGCUGGGCUACAGCUAUGUGGAACUGAACGCCAGUGACUCUCGUAGUAAAAACUGCAUGAAAGAGAUGGUUGCAGAGUCGUUGAAUAACACCAGCAUCAAAGGCUUUUAUUCUGGUGCAUCCAAAUCUGUAAGCGUCAAACAUGCCUUGAUCAUGGAUGAAGUAGACGGAAUGUCAGGAAAUGAAGACCGAGGAGGAGUACAGGAGUUAAUUGGUUUGAUAAAAAAUUCCAAGAUACCGAUCAUCUGUAUGUGUAAUGACCGGAAUCAUCCUAAAAUCCGAUCGUUGGCAAACUACUGCUUUGAUCUCAGAUUCCAGAGGCCAAGGUUGGAACAGAUUAAGGGUGCAAUGAUGUCUGUGGCAUUUAAGGAAGGAUUAAAAAUCCCACCACCAGCCAUGAAUGAGAUCAUCCUUGGUGCAAACCAGGAUAUCCGACAGGUAUUGCACAAUCUCAGUAUGUGGUCUGCUAGCAAUAAAUCUAUGUCCUACGAUGAGGCCAAGACCAAUGCCAACAACGCUAAAAAGGACAUUAAAAUGGGUCCGUUUGAUGUUGUCCGCAAAGUAUUUGGCUGUGGAGAGGAAACUGCUCACAUGACCCUUAUUGACAAAUCAGACCUGUUCUUUCACGACUAUUCUCUAGCACCUCUUUUCGUGCAGGAGAACUAUGUCCAUAUGAAGCCUGCUGCCGCUGGUGGAAACAUGAAAAAGCAUUUACUUCUCAUGAGCAAAGCAGCUGAUAGUAUUUGUGAUGGUGACCUUGUUGAUCGGGUGAUCCGCAGUAAGCAGACCUGGAGCCUUCUGCCAACACAGGCCAUCUAUGCCAGUGUCCUGCCCGGUGAGCUGAUGAAAGGUUACAUGUCCCAGUUUCCCAACUUCCCAAGCUGGUUAGGGAAGUUUUCAUCGACUGGCAAGCAUGAUCGCAUUACUCAGGAACUUGCUAUGCAUAUGUGUCUCAGAACCCAUUCAAGCAAGCGUGAUCUGAACCUGGACUACUUGCCUUACAUGAGAGACACACUGGUCAGGCCCCUGUCAAUGCGUGGAGCCGACGGCGUGCAGGACGUGGUGGAUAUGAUGGACAAUUACUACUUGAUGAAAGAAGAUUUUGAUAACAUUAUGGAAAUAUGCAAUUGGGGAGGAAAACCUGGACCCUUUUCUAAACUUGAUCCCAAGGUUAAAGCUGCCUUUACCCGUGGCUACAACAAGGAAACCCACCUGACGCCUUAUUCUAUCCAAAUAGUCAAGGCUUCAAAACGAGAGGCUACUUCAUCUUUAGAUCCAGAGUACAAUGAGGAGGCAGCGGAGUCUCAGACCGAAGAGAAAGAGGAAGAGAAAGAGGAAGACAUUAAAACGGAUGCAAUGAUCAAGGCAAAAAAGCCAAAGAAUACCAAAGCAUCAAAAGCAGAAAAGACUGGAGGGAAAAAGCAAGGCAAGGCUAAAGGAAAAACCGCCAAAUGAACCCUGAAUUCAUUCCGUAGGAAUGGUCUGAAACGGAACUCUCUGAUCGCAAUCCACUGGUAUUACUUGUUACUGAAUGAGAUCAUCUAAUGGUUACCCAUGUGAUGGCGGGACCGAGGCUCGUAUAAAGCAGGGAAAGCAACAUUUUAACUUUCUAUCAAAGAUCUCCUCUUUCUGCUGCAAGCUCAGUAUGGAUAAAAGACAUUCAUUUUAGGACUGCUAUAGUCUGCUGGGCAGUUUGGGGUGGUGUUUUGUUUUUUUUUUUGUCAAAUUUUUUGUCCUUGUUUUACAAUUUCUUUUUCUCUUUCUGUAAAUAGCAAAUAUUAAAGAUUUUGUUUUGUAUAAUACUUAAAUAUAACUAUAUAAAUCUGCAUUAAAAUUAGUUUCACAUA